AUGGGGGGGGAAGGAAGGGAAGAAGUGAAUAGCGGCGCGCCGGGUGUGGAUGUGGUGGAUGUGGUGGAGGUUAUUGGGGAAACCGCUGAUCGGAGGCGAAGUACGGAGACGGAGUCGGGAGUUACAGGAUACGGAGACGCCGAAAGUAGAGGCGAGUACCGCAGUCGAGUGAAACGAGUCGAGUCGAGUCGAGUCGGGGAGUUUGGAGACGAGAGAGAAAAAGGGAGAAGGGAGAAAGGACGGUAUAUAGAACGAACUACCAGACUACCAGACUACCGGACAGACCUGGACCCGGGACGCGGUACCGGUACAUCGCUGGACUUGGUACUUUGGCCGGCUGCAGUGCGCCCCGAACGGGCGUUGCUCACCGCUGCGCGUAUCCCUCCGUCUUCGUGGAGGAUGGGAGGAUGGAGGAUUGACCGCUUCUUCGCGUUCCCGCUCUAUACCUGCGACCGGAACUAUACCACCGUCCGCUCUCUGCGUGAUGCCGUCCCUACGGCAUACUCCGUACUCGUGAUUCUGCACACCCGCACGGUUGCCUCUUCAGGACUCUCCACCGGGGCUCCGCGGCCCCGCCGAGGGCGCGGCCGAGGAAUCAUGAGCAGUCGAGUGUCCGGAGUACAUCCGGGAGAGAUGAGGUCGGUGAUGCAUGCUCCCCUUCCGCAACAAACCAGACCGACUCGACUCGAGAUCGAAUUCCGGGCGUUUUUAGAGUUCACUAGCGCAGCGCGACCACCAAUGGAGAACGAGGUGGCGCUACACCCUUAUCGCCGCACUGUGAUUGGCCCCCCGUCCCUUCCGCUUGGAGAAGCCCGAAGCGCGCCACGUGCGGAUCUCGCGCUAGUCAUCUCCGAUCCAACCAGGCCUCGUGCUUUGCCAACCCCCCCGAAUGCGGCAAUCGUCUGGAAGGUCACCUUCGGUCCUUCUCCGUUCCGUCCUUGGUAA